AUGAAGGAAUUUGUGCUACGCAUGGCCUCUGCGAGCGAGAAAUGGAACGUAGCGCGAUUCAACGUGCCUGUCGAUCUCGGCGCGUGGAACAAGCCGCUACGCACCUAUCGUGCAGACGAGAUCAAGCCGCCCGAGGAGGGGGCGCCGCCUCCUCCGCCACCCAAGACGUCUACCAUGCGCCGCCCAUUCUCGCGUCCCAUGUAUCCUCGAAAUGUGAAGAACAUCCCCCUCCAUCUCGACGACACCGGCGAUGCGCACACCUACGUCGGGCGCAUCAACAAGGCGGGAGAGAGCUCCAACACCUUCCUUCUCAUCCAAAACGGCAACGAGUUCAAGGUGGUGCCGACAGGCGACUGGUACCACUUCCGCGCCAAGCGGCCCUUCGUGCCCAUGGGCGCCGAAGAAGCCGAGGAACACAUGAAGCAAAUGGAGAAGCAGCACGGCGGGAGUCGCUGGGCGUCGGCGGGGCGAAAGGGCGGCGGCAAAUCGGAGGACAAGGAGGACGGCGACUUUGUCGACGAAAGCCGAUUCACCGUCUUUGGCGAAUCCAAUGCGGAGAGUGAUGACGAGGAGAAGGGGGCGAAGGGGGCGAAGGGCGGGAAGAAGGAGAAGGACGAGGAGGUCGGCGAUGAGAAGGAGGACAUCGACUUUGAGGAGACGUGGGACGACGACGAGGGCGGCGCCAUUGAUGAGCCGCAGGAGGAGGAAAAGAAGAAGGAGAGGAAGACCAAGGACGCCACCAAGCAGGACAUGAGGAAACUGAUCAAAGGUCUGGCGCAGCUCGAGGGAGAUGAAGCCAACAUCGAGGACUCGGAGGACGAGGGGUCGGAGGAGGAGCGGGAGGACGAGGAGGACAAGCAGGCGGGCAAGGGCGGGAAGAAGGAGGACGCGGCGGCCUCGUCGCCCAAGGACGCCGCCAAGGCCGGCGCCAAGCGGAAGAAGGGCGCCUCGCCCACCACCACCCCCGCCUCCGCCGCCAAGAAGCCCAAGCUCGACGCCACCACCACCAAGCUCGGUGCGGCUGCGGCGGCGGCGGAGAAGAAGGCGAAGGAGCCGUUGAAGCUGUCGGAGGAGUCGGUGCGGCAGCUGCUGGCGCGGAAGGAGCAGAUGACGACGGUGAGCGUGGUGAACUACUUCAAGGCCGAGCUCGCGGCCGACCCGACCAAGAAGCCCGAGCUCACCCGCAUCGUCAAGAGCAUCGCCAAGAUGGUCGAGAUCCCGCCCGGCUCCGGCAAGAAGUUCCUGGUCCUCAAGGACAAGCACUAG